UUUAAGAUGUUCGCCUCGUUAUACACAGAUACGAAGUUCAUUUAAGGAGAAGAAAGGAGCAGCUAUGAGUUUCUCAGCAGCGAUCCGUGGAGUUAUCGUCCUUCUCAUGGCAGCAGAUGUUUGUGGUCAGGAUGGUUGGGGAGUGACUUAUAGUCGUCCUUCCAUUUGUGCCCUAAAAGGAUCAACGGUGGAAAUGAGCUGCAACUAUAUUUACCCAGUCAUAUACAACAACAAAUAUAUUGUUAUAGUGAAAAAAUCUUGGAUUACAAAAGUGCUUAAUGGAAAUUAUGUGGAUCUGAAAGACGACACAGAUUAUUCAGGUCGUGUGGAAUACAGUUGCACAAAGACUUCCUGCUCUCUGAAGAUCUCUAAUGUGAGACAAACUGACUCAAAAGAGUACAAGUUCAGGUUCACAACAAACCAUCCAAGUGGAAAAUACACGGGUUCACCUGGAGUCUCUUUAUCUGUCACAGAUCCACAGGUGAAGGUAAACAGAGUAAAUGAUCCAAUCAGGAUCCAGCUGACAUGUCACACUGACUGUCAGCUGCCUCAUCCAGUUUCCUACGUCUGGCUGGAGGAUGGGAAAGCAAACAAAGAAAGUAACAAUAAUUUGGUCCUGUCCUCAUUUAAUACCACACACAGAUAUCAGUGUGCAAUAAGAGGACAUGAGGAUGUUCCAUCUCCUGCAGUGUAUGCUCCACAGACCAUCGUUCUGUCAGUGACCCCCUCAGAAACUGUUGAAGGCUCUAAAGUGACUCUGACCUGCAGCAGUGAUGCUAAUCCAGCAGCUAACUACACCUGGUACAGGGGAAAAGACAACAAACUCCUGGAAUCAAAUAAAAAUCUUACCUUCGACUCCAUCAAGUCGAUGGAUUCUGGGCAAUAUUACUGUACAGCCAUAAACAAGAUGGGACAAAACAACUCAACAGUCAAUGUUGAUGUUAAAUAUGCUCCCAGAUCUCCUUCAGUGUCUCAGAGUCCGUCUGGUGACAUCGUGGUGGGUAGCUCCGUGACUCUGACAUGUAGCAGUGAUGCUAACCCAGCAGCUAACUACACCUGGUACAAGGAGGGAGAGAAGGCACAAAAAGCUUCAGGAGAACGCUUCAACAUCACCAACAUACAAAAUGAACACAGUGGGAACUAUUACUGUAAAGUCCAGAACAAGAUAGGACAUCAUAACACCUCUGUAUCUGUGACUGUUGUGCCAGGGCAAUCAAAGAUAGUAGUCUUUGGGACUGUUGCUUCUAUUUUGCUGAUCAUGAUUUUUCUCCUUGUCUUCUUAAUAUCGAGAAAGUGGAGAACAUCAACACCACCGCCUAAGCCUGGAGGAAACCCCAACAACAUUGAGCAGAACCAAAACAGCCUGUCGAAGUCGCAGGAAGACCUUCAGUACGCCAGCGUCCGGUUCCUGAGGAAGCAGAGAGCUCCUGAGUAUGAAAACUUUCAACCUGGUAAAACCGGCACAGCUGAUCUGGAGGAAGAGGGCGAGCAGAACGUAGAGUACGCUUCUGUCAAGUUUGGCCAGAGGUAAGUAGCUCUCGCUAACAUCGUGCUUGGUGAACAUUAAGAAACAGCACAUUUAAAUUAUUAUAGAAGACAAUGUUUCCUUAAGCUGCCAAAGUGUUGUGUAGAGAAAACAUUUGUGAAAUAUAUCUUUUAGAGUAGCCUGAUUAUGGAGGGUUUCUCUUUUGG